UGCCCGAGGACUGGCAGGGAGACGGCAAUAUGGCGAGAAUGCCUGGCAGCGGCGGCGGCGGCGGAGAGUGGAGCGGCGGCGGCGGAGGGGGCGGCGGGCGCGGUGGAGGCGGCGGGAACAAUGCGGGGGACCGGCCGUCCGGCCGCGGCGUCGCCCCCCGCCCGCACCGCUACUGCAGCGCCGGCGAGGAGGAGGAGGGCGAGGAGGAGGAUGAGAUCCAGGAGGUGCAGAUAACGGGGGACGAGGAGGAGGAGGACGGAGCCGAUGGGGGGCUGCUGCUGGACGAGGAGGAGGAGGAAGAGGAGAUGGGUCUGGAGUGGGACGGCGAGGAGGAGACGGAGCCGCUGCCGCCCGCUCCGGGCCGUACGCCGGGCGGCGGCAGCAGCGGCGUCGGGGCUGCCCCGGGGGGCGCCGCGGCGGCUGCCCCGGGGGGCGGCGGCGGCGGUGGCCCCGGGGGGGCGGCGGAGGACGCGGAGCUGGAGGCGGCUCUACUGCUGCAGCGGCCGGAGCGGGCGCGGCUGAGCGAGAACACGCGGCUGGCCACCCGCUACGCCGUGCGCAUCUUCCGCGAGUACCUGAGCGAGAAGGCGCAGAGCCCCGACUUCGAGACGAUGGACAAGGGGGCGCUCUGCCGGGUCCUGCGCUCCUUCUACGCCGAGGCGCGCUCCAAGAGCGGGCAGCUCUACUCCAAGUCCUCCCUCAUCAGCAUCCGCAGCUCCCUCAACCGCUACCUCAACGAGCCGCCCUACUGCCGCACCCUCGACCUCACCAAGGACCCCGAGCUCCGCGCCGCCAACCUCACCCUGGCUGCUGUCAUCCGCAAGCUGGAGGAGCAGGGCGCCGGGCCGGUGGUGCAGAAGCAGGCCAUCACCCGCGCCGACCUCCGCAAGCUCUACACGUGCAGCGUCUUCAGCACCCAGAGCCCCUUCGGGCUCCUCAACAAGGUCUGGUUUGAGACCUGCAUGUACUUCUGCACCCGGGGCCGGGAGAACCAGCGGGAGCUGGAGGAGGACUCCUUUGGGCUGGCUGUGGAUGAGGACGGACGCAAGUUCGUCUACUUCAAGGCGCUGGGGCCCUACCACAAGUCACGCUCAUCCUCAUGGAGCAAGAAGCGGGCAGAGAGCAGCGAUGAGGAGAACUUGCCCCGCAUGUAUGAGACUGGCACAGAGUUCUGCCCCUAUGCCAGCUUUGUCAAGUACCUCUCCAAACGCAACCCCCUCUGCAAAGCCUUCUUCCAGCGCCCACGGGACCACUGCAGUGAGGGUGACAUAACCUGGUACGAGAACAAGGCCAUUGGGAAGAACCUUCUGGGUACCCGCAUGCAGAUGCUCUCCAAGGCGGCCAAGCUUUCCAAGACCUACACCAACCACUGCAUUGGUGCCGUCUCCAUUGCCACUCUCAACAGUAUUGCUGGCAUUGGCACCAAGCUGGGAGGACUGCAGCCACCCCACCACCACCCCUCUCCCCACCACCACCACCUCCUCCACCCCGCUGGCGGGGGCUGCUACACCCCUUCUGCCCUCAAUGGUGGACCACGGCCCCGGCCGCCCACUGCCAACCCUUAUGUGCUGCCCAAAGAUGGUGAUGCUGCGCCAGUGAAAGCAGAAGCGGCCGCGGUGGCCCCGGCCAAGCGGGCGCUCUACGAGGCGGUGUUCCCAGCGGGGGCUGCGGCCGGCGGUGACGCAUGCGGGCCCUCUGCCUCCCCCAAAAGACUCUGCCGCCGCCCCGCUGAGCCCCUGGACGCCACUGCGCCCGCCGUGGUGGUGGUCUCAGUGAAACAUGACCCCUUGCCUCACCUCCUCCCCGAAGCAAAUGGGCACAGAAGCACCACCUCACCCACAGUAGUUUCACCUGCUAUUGUUUCCCCCACACAGGACAGUCGGCCCAAUAUGUCAAGACCUCUGAUCACUAGAUCCCCUGCAUCUCCAUUGAACAAUCAAGGCAUCCCCACUCCAGCACAGCUCACAAAAUCCAACGCACCAGUUCACAUUGAUGUGGGUGGGCACAUGUAUACCAGCAGCUUGGCCACGCUUACAAAAUAUCCCGAUUCCAGAAUUGGCCGGCUUUUUGAUGGCACAGAGCCCAUUGUCCUCGACAGCCUCAAGCAGCAUUAUUUCAUUGACAGAGAUGGGCAGAUGUUCAGAUAUAUCUUGAAUUUCUUAAGGACAUCGAAACUCCUCAUUCCUGAUGAUUUCAAGGACUACAGCUUGUUAUAUGAAGAAGCGAAGUAUUUCCAGCUUCAGCCCAUGCUGGGAGAGAUGGAAAGGUGGAAACAGGACCGGGAGAGUGGCCGCUUCACAAAGUCUUGUGAGUGCCUGGUGGUGCGGGUUGCCCCAGAUCUUGGAGAGAGGAUUACACUGAGUGGCGAUAAGUCAUUGAUAGAAGAAGUGUUUCCAGAAAUCGGCGAUGUGAUGUGUAAUUCUGUCAACGCCGGCUGGAAUCACGACUCAACGCACGUCAUCCGAUUUCCACUGAACGGAUACUGUCACCUCAACUCAGUUCAGGUACUUGAGAGGUUACAGCAAAGAGGGUUUGAGAUUGUUGGCUCAUGUGGAGGUGGGGUGGACUCUUCCCAAUUCAGUGAAUACGUACUGAGACGAGAACUCAGAAGGACAUCUCGUGCACCUUCUGUCAUUCGAAUAAAGCAAGAGCCUCUGGACUAAAAUGGACAUGUUUCUUUAUGCA